CGACUUGGUGAUGGGAUACUGGCUUCUAUGGUGUUGUCCCAGUGGCGACGAGAGAAAAGCACACUCCUGAAGAAAUUCACUCACAACAGUCAUCUUUGAGUUAGGGGAAGGCUGAAUUGGUGAUCAAGCCACUACCCAAGGCAUCGGGAUCAUGCAUGGAGAGAUAAGUAAAACCUCACAGAUCAUUUGAUAAGAUCAUGUGGGAGUCAAGAAUGUGUGACAUGGUCUUAGGACACUGAUAAGGAUUUCACCAUAAUACACAAGACUGGAUAGCCACCACAGAGAGAUCCUGACCAUUGCCCAAGGAACAACUUUGGGAAGUCAUCUAGUCCCUUCACAGCAUUGCUCAACACAGAAUGUUGGGCAGUGAAACCAUCAUCUGGAAAUUGGUUGGGUCAGGGGAACUUUGACAUAUCACCAGAUCUGCAACUGGUCAGUGGUGUGAAGCCUUCCAUCAGAACCAAUCUUCCUGAAGGUUCAGCUGUACUUGAUCGAAUAGGGUGAGGCUGAGAAGAAGUGUGAGUGGCUCCAAGUGUGGUGAGAGCCUCAAUCAUUCAUUGAGCCUCAUGAACCACUGACUGCUGAAGAACGUGUUGAAAUGUGAGGUAUUUGAGGAGAGCUCCACAAGGUUGCAACAACAUCUAACAUACAAGGUAUUGUGCAAUUGUUAACACGGGCAGCGAUAUGGAAGGGAAACCAUUCAAAUGUGAGGUGUGUGACCGAGCUUUUGCACAGAUGUCAACACUUGUGAAUCACCGACGUAUUCAUACUGGAGAAAAGCCGUUCAAAUGUGAAUUAUGUAAUAGGAGCUUUGCACAGUUAUCUGGUUUAGUGAAUCAUCGCCCUGUUCACACAGGGGAGAAACCAUUUGUUUGUGUAGUUUGCAACAAAUCGUUUUCUCAAUCGUCGACCCUCCUCAUGCACCAACGUGUUCACACGGGGGAGAAACCAUUCAGGUGUGAAGUGUGUGACAAAUCCUUCUCGCAGUUAGGAAAUCUCCGCACUCACCAACGCAUUCACACAAGAGAGAAACCAUUCAUGUGUGAUGUGUGUAUCAAAUCAUUCUCAUAUUUGUCAGCACUCCGCAGACACCAACGCAUUCACACAGGUUCAAAACUGUUUAAAUGUGAGGUGUGUGAUAAAUCAUUCUCAAGGUCCUGGAACCUUCUGCUCCAUCAGAAGAUCCACACAGGAGAGUAACCCUUGAAGUGAGGUUUGAGAUGAACCUUUUAUUAGGACCAUGUGGGACACCACAGGAUUCACAUGGGAAGAAUGACAGGGCUUUCACACAGUCAAGCUGCCUUCUGGUCCAUUAUUGUACUCUCAGAGGGGAGAAACCCUGUCAAUGUGAGUUCUGAAAUAAAGCUUUCACGCAAUUGUUUUACCUUCCGACACACCAGUGAACCCACAAUGGUACGAUCUAGCUAAGUUCUGGCCCAAUCUGUUAUCCGAGUGUUUACCUGUACACAGUCUCACAGUGCAGGGUGUUCAGUGGGACUGGGACACAGAACAAGAAGCAGCUUUCACUCCCAUCAAACACCUAGUGAUGACAUCACCAGUGCUGAGGGAUUAUGAUGUCAACAAUGGAGCCACCCUGCAGUGUGAUGUCAGUGACACAGGACUUGGAGCAACCCCCAUGCAGUGAGGGCAAUCUGUUGUGUUUGUAUCCAAAGUGUUAAGAGCCUGGAUAUUGUCUUUACUUGUGAACUUUUCAAACAACACCUUUUGAGAGAGAAAAUGAUGGUGGGGUCUGACCACAAGCCGAUUGAAAUCAUCCUUCUCAAACCACUUCCACCUGUUCAAAACAUUUAUACCCUAUGUUACUUCAUUUUUAGAGGUAUCACUGGGAGGUGAAGUGCAAACAAAUGAAGCAGAUGUACAUCUCUGACAUGUCUUUGAGAGGUACACACUCUGAAGGAAGGUGAUGCUAAUACACACUGAAAUAUUUCAGAUUCAACAAGAAACAGCAGCUCAAAAUGCUCUGGAAGUCACUAACCAGCAGAGACAAGGCAAGAACUCCCAAUGUGUUCAAUCACCGGAAACUGGAUGUACAACACAGGAUAUGCACUGGUAUCUUUCACAAGAGCUGACAUACUCAACUCUGGAAAUUUUUCAGGGAAUUUGAACUUCUGACAGACAAUUCUCUUGUAUUUCUGGGACCUCUGAAAAUGUUUCCAACUUAUUUAGUUUGAAUCUCCAGACAGUUGCGACAUGCUUAUCUGAGUACUGUUAAACAGGGACAGUUUAACUCGAAUAAGUAAAUAAUUAACCCUUCAAAACUCUCCAUGACUAGUUCCCUCACCCAGUAUCACCAAACUGACCUUCCCUGACCUGGCAACACUCUUGACCCAAUUACCCCCACCAAUUCAUCUAUCCAUUCACCUAUCUCACCUAGCUGCCAGCUUAUCUUCUUAUUUCACCAGUCUUGCCAUCCUACCCACUUACUUCAUCCAUCUGCAUACCAUAUCACCCGACCCCUUCACUCAGUCACCCACUCACUAACAUUUGCAUUGGCCAUUUACCUAUGACAGCUUGUGUUGUAAAAAGGGGCAACUGAUUAUUUUGCUGCUGUCUGUGUGGAUCUUGUGCUGAAGGAAUGGCCAGAAAAAUGGCAUUUGGAUAAGUGAUUCGUUUUCUGUCUAGUUAGUAUUGAGCAUGGGUGUUCCAACCCAGAACAGAAGAUCUGGGCUAUAUCUAGCAGAAGAAUGUAUUACUGACAAAUCAGGCAAAUUACACAAUGAGAUACUACAGGAAGCUGUGGUGAAAGGAAGGCCUGAAACCGUCGAGGAUGCUUCUUUCAUCUUCUCAUCAGAAUUGUUUGUUCCCUCCAAGGAAUACUUCACUGGUGAUUAUUGACCAAGUCUGCCUGCAUUCUUGGCAGCAUUCUAGGCAUUGAAUCACACCAAAUCUGUUGGAUGGUCAGCAAGGCUCUUUUAUUUCCUGUGGUAUUGUUGCAUCGAGAAAAGUGGGAUGGUCAGCCGACACUCAGCUGUUGCAGUAAGAGACUACUGGACAAUGAGAAUCAUAGUAUAGAAGAGGCCCUUUGGUCCAUCAAAUCUGCACCAACAAAAAAACUGCUCUAACCCUAAAUCUACACUAAUCCCACUUUCCAACAUUUGGUCUAUAGCCUUGAAAGUUAUGACAUGUCAAAUGCUCAUCCAGGUACUUUCAAUAUGUGAAAUUUCCUGCCCCAACUACCCUCCCAGGUAGUGCAUUCCAUUCUCUGUGAAAAAUGUUUUCUUUAAAUGCUCUCAAAACGUCCUUUCAGCUUAAAGUUAUACUCCUUUGUUAUUGGCACUUCAACUAAGUGAUUGCCCAAAAUUACCAAAGAUAUAAAAAAGGCAGGAGGAUCAUUAUCCCUAAAGAGAUGAGAAAAAAGAUACUGAAUCACAUUACACACAGACCUGAAACCAUCAAGGGGACACGUGUUGCUGGAAGAGAAUAUUGGAUAAACAGAACUGGAAUGAUUGCCUAAGAUGGCAUCUUGUACAAAGGGAUCUGGGUCAUUGUACCGAAGGAGAUGAGAAAAGUGAUGCUGAAACACAUGUUACACAAACUUUCAAGGAGUCGAGUCUAGUCUGAGGAAGGUAAGAGAAAUGUCGUACUGGUCAAACAUUAGCAGUGAGAUGAAGGAUCACAUCAGCCAGUGCAGUGCUUAGAAUGAACAUCACGCUAAACAAGAUAACAUAACCCAUGACAUCCCAAGCAGCCCAUGGAUGAAGCUUGGAGUAGACCUCUUGACUCUCACUGGAAAUAAUUGUCUUGGCUACUAUUUAGAUGAUGGGGAGUUAAAGCAGCUGACAUCAAUGAGUUCCAGUGAGAUUGUAGAAUGUCUGAAAGCACACUUUAGUCAUCAUGAUGUUUCUGAUGUUAUGAUCAGUGACCAUAACCCCAAUUCACGAGUGAAGAAUUCAGACACUUCUCGAAUGAUUGGGAAAUUCAAUAUCACACAUCAUCUCCAUAAUACCUCCAGUCAAAUGGAAAGGCAUAGAUAGGAGUGAAAAUUAGCAAAUAGAUCAUUAAAAUAUUAACUAGAUCCAGCAGAUACGUGUACCGUUUGAUCAUAGAAUAGAGAAACACAUGUACUGAAGGCAUGGAAAGUUGUCAUACCAGCGAUAAUGUCAUGACACACCAACACUAAAUCAACAGUUUAUAUACUAUUCAAGCCAGAAAUAGUAAUAGCAGUGAGUGAGCAGAUCAAUGUGAAAUGGCAGAAAGCCAAAUGCCACUUUAAUACAUCUUCCAAAUUGUUGUCAAUGCUGAGAGUUGGAGACCCAGUCAGAGUUCAAUAUGUCAGAGUCAAAUAUUCAACAUACUUAAUAAAAGUUAAGUAACUUGAGACCUAUGUAGUAAGAUUGUCACCUUCAUCAUUCAUGGUAAAAAUGAACAAUUUUCACUAACCCAGAUCUCUUUUGCAACAUUGCAAUCUUCAAUGCUGAGGGCUGAUGAGGCAGAUCUGAUAUCACCAACUGAGCAAGGAACUGAACUCAGUCCCAGAAGUCAACCAUUCCCCAAAAAAUGCAGCAGGUCAGCAAAAAUUACCAGAGCAAAAAACCCUUCCCAGCAGCCUCAUAGAUGUAUGUAUGCCCCAAUAGACUGCAGUGGUUGAGGAAAGCAACUCACCACCUUUUCCAGGGCAAUUAGGGAUUCUGCAUCAAGUGCUGGCCUAGCCAGGGGCAAAAUCAUCCUGUGAACUAGUUUAAAACACCACAACAACAGCAGCAUUUUGCAUCAACAGUCAAUGGAUGAACAGCCAACCACAACUCACCAUUUUAUUGUAAGAAGACCUGAAUUUCAAAAGAUUAUACAUAGAAAGCUGUGUAAUUGUAGAGUCUCUACAGUGUGGAAACAGGCCACUUAGCCUAUCAGGUUCACACCAACCCUCUGAAGGGUAUCCCACCUAACACACCCCUACCCUAUCAUUCUGCAU